AUGGUUGAGCUUCGAGAGAGCGUUCUAGGGUCUUGCGGAGGUGAGGAGCCUCUCGCGCCCCCAAAUCCCCCUCAGCCACCGCGCUCUUACGAGCGCAUCCAGCUCCAGAAAAGUAAUGUUUGCUCGCGUGCUUACUUCGUGGUAGUUAUGGUCUUCUUUCACUUAUACAUAAUAAACAUUAUUGCUCUGCUACUCUACGUCCAUUACAACACUGGAUCCAACGAGGUGACUACCGGAGAACAAGAACUCCCCAUGAGCAGCAAUCCGAGCGUCAUCUGCCUCCCACCACGCACAGAGCACCACACACCUAUCCGCGAGCCACACCUCGACUAUCCCUUUCGUCUUCCCCGUCUUGAAGGGAUCCGGGUCGGUCAUGUACAAAGAGUGGCGCUAGUUCCCGACCAAACCCACGAGAUGCGAACGCUCAGCCUGAAACCUCUACUUUUUGAAAUCCCAGGCUUUCUGUCUCAGGAGGAAAGUGCGGUGGUGAUGCAGUUGGCUCAGCUGAAGGGUCUGACCCAGAGCUCAGUGUCUCAGGCCUCAGACACACAGGAGGAGCUCAGUCAGGAGGAACUCUUCAGCCUGCUCGACCUCAACCAGGACGGCCUGCUACAGAGGGAUGAGGUGACAGAUAGAGGGGGGAAAGAGCAUAAGACUGAGAGCGACAGACAAAGAGAAGUCUAUCACUGUAAAAACAACGUCCUCUCCUAG